CCGGUGCGGCGGGGCCGGGCGGCGGUACCGGGAGGAGGCCGCGGCCGCCGCUGAGCCCCGAGCGGCCCCGAGCGGCCCCGAGCGGGCCGGGCCCGCCGCCCGCGAUCCGCGCCCUGGGGGAGAGGAGAGGGAAAGAUGGGAGAAGCUGGGGAGGAGUUGGCAGCACAGAGUGAGGCCAGCGCUGCCCCGCGUCCUGCCUGGAGGAAUUCUGCCACGGGAGGGUUCUGGCGCCGGUGACGAGCGAUGGGGUAUGAUGUAGCUCGGUUCCAGGGGGACGUGGACGAGGACCUGAUCUGCCCCAUCUGCAGCGGGGUCCUGGAGGAGCCAGUGCAGGCCCCGCACUGCGAGCACGCCUUCUGCAAUGCCUGCAUCACGCAGUGGUUCUCGCAGCAGCAGACGUGCCCCGUGGACCGCAGCGUGGUGACGGUGGCCCACCUGCGCCCGGUGCCGCGGAUCAUGCGGAACAUGCUCUCCAAGCUGCAGAUCACCUGCGACAACGCCGUCUUCGGCUGCACGGCCGUCGUGCGCCUCGACAACCUCAUGGCUCACCUCAACGACUGCGAGCACAACCCCAAGCGCCCCGUCACCUGCGAGCAGGGAUGCGGGUUGGAGAUGCCCAAGGAUGAGCUGCCCAACCACAACUGCAUCAAGCACCUGCGCUCGGUGGUGCAGCAGCAGCAGACGAGGAUCGCCGAGCUGGAGAAAACCUCAGCAGAGCACAAGCACCAGCUGGCUGAGCAGAAGAGGGACAUCCAGCUGCUCAAGGCCUACAUGAGGGCGAUCCGCAGCGUCAACCCCAACCUGCAGAACCUGGAGGAGACCAUCGAGUACAACGAGAUCCUGGAGUGGGUGAACUCCCUGCAGCCGGCGCGGGUGACGCGCUGGGGCGGCAUGAUCUCCACGCCGGACGCGGUGCUGCAGGCGGUGAUCAAGCGCUCGCUGGUGGAGAGCGGCUGCCCGGCGUCCAUCACCAACGAGCUGAUCGAGAACGCCCACGAGCGCAACUGGCCCCAGGGGCUGGCCACGCUGGAGACGCGGCAGAUGAACCGGCGCUACUACGAGAACUACGUGGCCAAACGCAUCCCCGGCAAGCAGGCCGUGGUGGUGAUGGCCUGCGAGAACCAGCACAUGGGCGAGGACAUGGUGCUGGAGCCGGGGCUCGUCAUGAUUUUCGCUCACGGAGUGGAGGAGAUCUGAGAGAAGUGCACCUCGGGAUGGCAGGGGGGUUGGGGUUGUGAUUUUUGGUCAUGGAGGAGAUAUGAAAAUAAUCCAACCUGGGACAGCAGGGGUCUCCUGGACUUGGGUUUUCUGCUCAUGGAGUGGAUCCAACCUGGCACAUCAGGGGUUUCCUGGAUUUGGGUUUUUCACUCAUGGCAUGGAGGAGAUCUGAGAAAAAUCCACCUUGGGAUGGCAGGGGGGUUGGGGUUGUGAUUUUUUGGUCAUGGAGGAGAUAUGAAAAUAAUCCAACCUGGGACAGCAGGGGUUAUCUGGAUUUGGGUUUUUCGUUCAUGGCAUGGAGGACAUCCAAAAAUAAUCCAACCUGGGACAUCAGGGGUCUCCUGGACUUAGGUUUCUUGCUCAUGGAGUGGAGAUCUUAGAGAUAUGCACCUUGGGAUGGCAGGGGGGUUGGGGUUGGGAUUUUUAGGUUGUGGAGGAGAUCUGAAAAAAAUCCAACCUGGGACAGCAGGGGUUUCCUGGACCUGGGUUUUUUGCUCAUGGAGUGGAGGAGAUCUGAGAAAAAUCCAACUCCGGGUUGGUGGGAGUUUCCUGGAGUUGGAUUUUUGGGGUUGUGACUUUUGGUCAUGGAGGAGAUGUGAAAAAAAUCCAAUUUGGGAUGGCAGGGGUUUCCUGGACCUGGGUUUUAGGGCUCAUGAUUUUCACUCAUGUCAUGGAGAUCUGAGAAAAAUCCACCUCAGGAUGGUGGGGGAUUUUUGGGGUUGUGAUUUUCGGUCAUGGCGUGGAGAUCCAAAAAUAAUCCUCCUCAGGAUGGUGGGGGUUUCCUGGAUAUGGGAUUUUUGGGGUUGUGAUUUUUGCUCAUGGCUUGGAAAUCUGAGAAAAAUCCAGUUUGGGAUGGUGGGGGUUUACUGGACUUGGAGGGUUUGUGAUUUUCACUCGUGGCACGGAGCAGAUCUGAAAAAAAUCCAGCUCCAGGAUGGCAGGGGUUUCCUGGAGUUGGGAUUUUUAGGGUUGUGAUUUUUGUUCAUGGUGUGGAGACCCAAAAAUAUUCCACCUCGGAAUGGCUGGGGUUUCCUGGAUUUGGGAUUUUUGGGGUUGUGAUUUUUGCUCAUGGCAUGGAGAUCAGAAAAAUCCUCCUCAGGAUGGUGGGGGUUUCCUGGAUUUGGGGUUUUUGGGGUUGUGAUUUUUGCUCAUGGUGUGGAGAUCCAAAAAUAAUCCUCCUCAGGAUGGUGGGGGUUUCCUGGAUUUGGGGUUUUGGGGUUGUGAUUUUUGCUCGUGGCAUGGAGGAGAUCUGAAAACAAUCAAUGGUUCCUCCACCUCGGGAUGGUGGGGGUGUCCUGGACUUGGAUUUUUAGGGUUUGUGAUUUUCCCUCAUGGCCUGAAAAUCUGAGAAAAAUCCACCCGGGAUGGCAGGGAUUUCCUGGAUUUGGGAUUUUUGGGGUUGUGAUUUUUGCUCAUGGCAUGGAAAUCAGAAAAAUCCUCCUCAGGAUGGCGGAGCUUUCCUGGAGUUGGGUUUUUGGGGUUGUGAUUUUUGCUCGUGGCAUGGAGGAGAUCUGAAAACAAUCAAUGGUUCCACCACCUCGGGAUGGUGGGGGUGUCCUGGACUUGGAUUUUUAGGGUUUGUGAUUUUCCCUCACGGCAUGAAAAUCUGGAGAUCUGACAAAAAACCCUGCUCAGGACAGCCGGGGUUUCCUGGACUGGGAUUUUUGGGGUUCCCUGCUGGACUGGACCCCUUUCAGCAGAGGGGGGCUGGGGGCUCCACGCCCUGCCAGACCCCUGGGGGGUCCCCCAAACCCCAGCAAGCUCCAUCUCCUCACCCCCUCUGCAUUCCCACCUGGCCUGGUGUCCCCUGAUGGCACUGCUGGUGUCACCAGCCCUGCAGUGAGGGGUCCUUGGCCUUGGGGACCCUCCUGUCCCCUCUCUUCGUGCAUGCCCCGUUCCCUGGCCCCAGGAGCAUCUCCCACCUCCUCCCAGCCCGUGUUUGGCUCUGCUUUCUCCACCCUUGGUGUUAUUUUUCCAGACACUCGUGAUUGUGGUUCUGUAUUUUUAUUUUUAUUUCUUUUUGUACUUCAAUUUUUUUUUUUUUUUUACCUUUUCUUAUUUUUACUCUCCCUUUUUAUUUGAUUUUUCCAAGUAACCCUGGGCAGGCACCUCUAGCCUGGGUCCGUGGGACUCGUUGGGAAUUUAAUUUAAUUUAUUUGCAUUUAUUUUGUUGGAUUUUUUUUUUUUUUUUACCAUUGUUUCUCCUCCGGUGUCAGUCCCGGCAGAUCCGGCGGGAGGCAGGGAUUGAAGUGAUCAAUAAACAGAAUUCUGGUUGCUUUA